GAAAUUGAUACUAACGAAACAAUACCACUUCAUCUCAAUGAAAUGUAUAAUUUAGAGGAAUCAUCAAUAAGUGCAAUUUAUUCAUCGGAUGAAGAUGUGUUCGGAAGUGUGGAAAAAUUAACAACAUUAUCAAGCAGUGUGAAUAAUAAUCAAGUAACAACUGCCACUUCAACAACAACAUCAGAGUUUAAACCAAUUCUUUCCAAUGAACUCUUUAGUGAAAAUAUGCAAUCAUCAUCCAGUGGUCUGGGUAGAAGAUUAUCCAGAAAUUCCUAUGCAUGUGUAAUGUGUAAUUGUACAUUCCAUAAGAAAUCACAAUUGAGAGCACACGUUUUAGAUGCCCAUCGUGAAGCAUCAGAUGAUUCUUCCUCUAAUAACUCGGAUGAAACUGAUGAGGAACAAAUAAUUCCAAAACCAAAGGAUGUUGUUGUCACAGUUUAUAAAUGUCCUCAUCAAUCAUGUGGAAAAGAAUUUUAUUCUGAAGGAAAAUUGGAUAAACAUUUAAAAAAACAUGAAGACAAACGACAUUUAUGUGGAUUUCCUUCUUGUGGAAAACAAUUUUCAUUUAGACAUGAACUGCUAGAUCACAUUAAGGAUAUGCAUUCACCAAAACAGAGUGUUUGCACAAUUUGUAAUAAGGAAUUUAAAGACCUACAAUCAUUACAAGUACAUUUAAGAACGAUACACAAGAAUGAAAAUAGAGUAUUUAGAUGUCAUUAUGAUGGAUGUAAUAAGUUUUAUACCAAUAAGAGAAACUUGGAUGAUCACAUCAAAACAACACAUUUGAAAACUAAACAAUUCAAAUGUGAUAUUUGUCAGCGAAUUCUCAAACACAAAGCAAGUUUAAGAAGACAUUAUAAGAAUAUUCACAAUCAAGUUUAUGUUGAUCCAGUGUCGACACCAAUACCUUCAGAUAAUGAAUUCAGUGAACUUUCACUCUUUACAGAUGUAAGCAGUUCAAAGAAUGAAGAUGCCUUCUUUAAUACAGAACCAGAAUUCAAAAGUCCUGACAAUAUUGACUCUAAAUCCACCUCCAAAAAACGAUCCAAACCAAAGUCUUCAGACACUGCCAGCACUAGUAGUGAAUCUUCUAAGAAAAAGAUUAAAGUUGGCAAUGUCUUUCUUGAUAGAAUUUUGGGUGAUGACAUUAAUAAACAACAAUAAGGUUCCUUGUU